AUGGAGCUCACAGUUGACAGCAUCCCUCCCGAGCCUACCAGCGACAAUGGUGCUGAACCGGAAACUACUGAAGACAUUUUGAACUCGAAUACCAAAACCAUAUUUAUCACUAUAUGGAUGUUUUUAGAUGGUUUUGUGCAGCUGUGUGGCGUCGCUCAGAGAGCCGAGCCAGUUAUCAUUGCACUACCCGCUGACAUUGCACCGCCCGUUGCCAUUGCCAGAGUCGAGACAAAUACAAAUACCACCAGCCUGGCCGAGUCCGAGGUUACAUCCUACCAGAAGAGGGCGACAACCGUUACCAGGGCUGUUUGCAAGGCCAUGCGGCAUUUUAUGUCCAACCACAGACCGACCGACAGCAAGCGCAUGCUCGCAAAGCUCAUCGAUGACGACUCUACUCAGGCAGCCCAGAUGUUCCGCAUGGAGGAUGCUGCAAUAUCUGAAUUGGCAGAGCAUAUUGGAGAGGAACACGCCAUAUUUUCCAAAUGGGCAACCACAGGCACAUCUGUCGACCAAGCGUACCACAUGUACCCAGAAUCCGGUGUUUUAAACGCAGAUGCGUUUGUUUUAUUUAUUGCUCGCCUUGUCGAUGGGCUGCAUCGCCAUGCCAAGGGAGAGCAGGGGCGCCCUGAGCCACGCAGGCAUUGUGGCCAUGUGGUCGACGAUGUUCUUGCUUCCGGAAUUGAGUCGACAAUUACUAGCAAGUCAGAAAUUGCAGAAAUCAGCGAUGAAUGGCAUGCAAAUUUGUUUGCCCCCGUUGAGGUCAGGCAGGGAUCCUCGUAUAACAACAAAUACGACGCUGAGGUUAAGCUGAUUAAGCGCUGUCGCAAAAUUCAAUGCACGCAGCCCAACUGCGGCUUCCAGUGGGGACUGACCAUCCGCGACAGUUUAGUCCAGGCGUACUUGUUUGGCUCCAACUUUUCCAUAGCUUCCGAAAACAUGGACAUCCAGGUCAUCAGGCUUUUUGUUAAUUGGUCCUACACUGAGGACUACCGGCUGGGAUAUGACUCAACCAUUAAGCGCUGCAUGACCUCGGAUGCUAGGAGAUUGCAUUUAGGCGGGGACCCGAGUCCCAGCUUGUCAACAGCAUGGACUUUGGAAUCCUCUACCGGGAUUCAACAGAACCAAUUCCCUCAACACUCACAUUCUCGUCCGUGUCUCCACAGGCAGUAUGUCACUGGACUGACCAGCUUGCCUGUUACAAAGGUCAACUCCAUUCAAGAGCUGAUAAUCGUUGUCAAGGACGCGAUGAAGGCAUACAGCGAGUUUAACAAAAUAAUAGACAUUGUCCACAGGAAUCUGACGCCCGAUGCAAUUUGUUUCCAUUAUCUGGAGGGUGGCCGUGUCAAGGGAAUGCUUGCGGAUUUUGCCCAAUCAUACAACUCAAAGUUGUGCGCCGUGGACAAAGAGAAAAACAUCGGGAUCCCUCUUCCAUUUAUGAGCGUUAGCAUCAUUGAGCGCAAUUCAAACCCAAUAACCAAAACUGAGGCCAAAAAGAGCACAGUUGAGCUUGUUCAAGAAGCAGGACGGAAAUUCUGGGUGUCAGUUCCUCGCAAUAAUCGCACGUUUUUGGAUUCCGAAGCUAACUUCUCGCGCAUUUUAGAUAGGUCAAACAAGCAUGUUCCCGGCUACAAAAUGCUUUGGAGCCUGCUGAAGGACUUGCGCGCGGCUCUAAUCGAAAACAGCGGUUACAACGAGGAUUGCCUGGCGCUGAAAUACGCGAUAAAAUAUGUGGGGAGCUUGGCACAGCCAACGGCAAAACAACGGAUAUCUUGCUGGUAG